AUGGUUUGCUAUAGAAUACAAGUCCAAGUACAAGAUGAAACCGGAUCAACCACAUUCAUAUUGUUUGACAAAGGAGCUGAGAAAAUUAUUUCUAAAACUGCAAAAGAACUUGCAGAGAUACAUGAAGAGAUGUUGAAAUUAGAUGAGAAUACUUUACCAAAAGAGAUUCAAAAAAUAAUUGGCAAUGAAUAUUUGUUCCAACUGCAUCUUGAUGAAUAUAAUUUGAAGUAUGGAAAAGAAAAUUUCACGGUCUCAAAAAUUUUGGAGAUGGAAGUUUUACAUAAGCAAAAAGACUCAAGUAAAGUUGAAGAACAUCAGGAAACAAUGGAGGAAAUUGUAAGAAAAUCAAGGAAGGACAAGUACACAGCCAAUCAAAAAAUAGAAAUAGGAGAAACAUAUGUUCAAAGACCUGAAAGAAUGCCGCUUGAAGCGUCAAAAAACUACUAA